AACUGAAAUCUCAAAACUAAAAAAAAAACGCGUCUACAAAAUGUAAAAACGGGCUUUUUUUCUGCUAUGUCCUAGUGAGAACAAAGAAAAUAAGAUUUGGUGGGUUAAAAUCCACUGAGUAAAAGCUGAGAUACAGGCGUAUACGAAUUUACACAUACACACAUCCGUACGAACAUUUUCCAAAAUACCAUUUUUCGACUAAAAAUGCAUCAAAACACACUUCCCACAUGUUUUUACACCUCCUUACUCCUAAAAUUACUAUUACAAGGCUUCCUUAGGAAGAAAGCAAAAUCUACUCGUUAUUAUUGGAUACAAAUGUAACAGUGAAAAUCGCGAUAUAAAUAGUUAAAUUAUUGAGUAUGAAAACAUGAAAAUAUCAGUAAUUUAUUAGUUAUGCCAAUAUUAUUAAUAGUAAAUUGUUUAGCUAGGGGGUAAAUUAGCCUUUUCUAGCAGCGUAAAAUAAUUUAAGCACGAGUGAUUAGUCGAAGGCGCCCAAGACUGAUAGUAGUCUUCAAGUCUAAAAUGUAUUUUAUUUUAUUCCCUGGAAGUAGAGAACUGAUAUCAAAUAAAAUACAUAAAUUUCAUCAGGAUAUAUAAAAAAAUAUAUUUUGUGAUUUUCUGCGAUUAAUAUUCGUGAUUUGCUGCAAAUUUUGAUUUUUUUUUUGUUGCACUAAACUUGUAACCCUCUAUAUUCAUGAUUUAGAUACGAGUUAUAUCAAUUUCUUUUUCUAUUCACUAAAAUCUUUUGUCAAAAUAGCAGAGUCAUCGGCGGUAAUGCAAACAAUAGACCAUGAUUUGGGACAUCUGACAAGUUAACAAUUUAUGAAUACACAGGUUUAAUUCUGUGAUAGAAAAGAUAAAUUAGUAUUCAAUCGAUAAAUUAAUAAACCACCUAGAUAGUACUUCAGUUUUUUUGAUACUUUACCUGUACCUUUACUAGCAGAACGAGAACUUAAUUUGCAUAGCAGAAGCUUGUGCACAAGAACAUGUUUUUCCAUAAUAAGUAUAUCUUUAUCAUGAUUUUGAUUCCAGCUGAAUCCCUUGGAGAAACCUGCAUUUCUUUUUUAAAACACCAGGGUGAAAAUGAUAACUUGCUUUUACCUGAACGGGUUUGGCGUUUUAAUUCAGCUACUGGAAUAUUUGAUAAGCUUGAAGCUUUGAAACCAAAUCGCAGUGCACUUUGUUCUGUUGAUUUUACAUCAAAUCUUGAAGGGAAAAUUUUAAACAUCGCUGUUGAUGAACUAAAUCCGUACUUAAUUUUCUUGAAUAAUAACACUGAAGUUACUGGAUUUUUUGGUGAUGCUUGGACUGCAAUACAGGAUGCAUUAAAAUUUAAAUCUAUCUAUGAACCGUCUUAUAAUUAUGCACUUUUAAAAACUGGUAAAUUUCAUGCUCAUUUAACAACUUCUCUUAUGAAGCUUCCACCUACUGCUUACUAUACGCACAGCACAGUAAUAGGCAAGAAUUCGUAUUCACUUUUUGCACUUUCGGAGGGCACUUUUGUUUCCAAAUGGUGGUAUACGCGAAUAUUUGAUUUUAAUGUCUGGAUUAUAUCGACUGUAUUUGUGGUGAUAUUAACCAUUACAAUGAUGAGUAUUCAGAAACUCAAAAGAAAUUGGACAAAGCAAGCUAAAUAUUGCAAUGAAAGUAAAGAGUUUGGUUUUCCUACUUUCAAUCUACUCUGCGUUUUGGGUGCCACGAGUGGUCAAGGAUUUCAAGAAAUGCCUCGUUCUUGGUCUCUAAGAUUGUGUGCCCUCACCUCACUCAAUAUGGGAAUGCUACUAUCGUGUGGAUUCAAUAGCACUUUGACGUCUUACUUAGCAUUUCGCGCACCAUACGUAGGAAUCAGUAAUCUUGAUGAUGUCUGGAGAUUAGGGACAUAUUCUCUUUGCGUGAGGAAUAAAAGCCUUGCUUACGAUGAACUAACCGGAGCUAUAACUACUGGAAAUAAACCAACAGCUACGAAAGAGAAGUGGGCAAAAUUAUUAAACAAAAAUUGCCCGGAUAUGGAAAAUGAAUUGGAAUUAAGAAAAAACCUUUGCCGUACUGGUUUCGUUUAUGUUGAAGCAUCAGACGUAUUUUUAAAAGAAUAUCGCCAUGUCCAAGAUAUAUGUCAAAUAGUAAAAAUACCUGGCACUUAUUGGAGUUCCAAAAUAUCGUUUUUACAUUAUCGAGGUUCCAAAUAUCGAAAAACUAUAAACAGAUACUUGAUGCGGCUUCGCUCAUCCGGUAUUUUAAAGUAUCUGGAAGCUAAAUGGUCCUUCCAGCAAAAUCUUCAGCAUGGAGUAUUUAAUAAUUUUCAACCAGUUGAGUUGGGUCAUAUACAAGUACUUCUUGUAGGACUGAUUAUAAUGAUGAUAUUUAGUGUAAUUAUUUGUAUUUUUGAGAAUCUGUGGUUUUCUUAUUGUAACAAGACAAGAAAAUCAACUCCUUAUUUCCUAAGGAAUGAAAUAAGUGAUCUGUAUAAGCCAAUUCAUGAAAAGUUAGUUAUCAAGCAACCAAACACGAAAAUUAAACGCUUAAAAAGUUCUAUCAAUAAGCGAACUUCGAAUCAAAUAAUGAAGCACUUAUCGCUGCAUGGAAGUAUGAAAAAUAUGAAUAAAUAAAAUAUUAUAAAUAAGUGUAUGAGAUAUGAGUAUACGAAAUAAUAAUAAAUAAAAAGUCAUAUUUAAAUAUGUCAACAUUAAUGUAAUUUAAGCUAAGUACAUGACGUACAAGUAAAAUACCAAAAAAUAAUUACAUACAUCAUAGACGUAUCACUUUCGUAUUUUUAUAUCAAAUAAUACAUAAAUUAUACACAACAAUAUAUUUUAUAUAUAUAACGUCAAAACCUUAUUGUUCAUAGCUCUCGACAAUGUAGCAGAGACGUUAUCUUUUUAUAUCCAAUUAUGAUCAAUGUACAAUUAACACAUUUUAACAAAUUCACAUACUUAUUCACAUCUCACUGCGUACAUUUUAAGGCCUACAAAUCGCAUUGAAUACAUAAAUCGUCGUAACGAUUUACUUAAUUUCUUUUUAUGGUUUAUAUACUACGGUUUUAUUCGUUCGACUAGCAAUAGUUCUGAACUCUGUUUCUCUUUUUACAAUUUUUGUUAUUUUAAUCACUGUCUAUUUACGCAGGAAUAAAACAUCGGUUUGACUAUAACUUUGAAACACUAUAGUCAAUGGUUGGCUAAGUUAUUUUGUUUGACUAUUUAUCAUCGGCAUAUGAUGACUGAGAAUAAAAAAACAUAAAACUUAAAUAUUUCUUCAAGUGUAGUAAUUGAUUUUUUAAGAGUCUUUACUUUCAAUCGCAUACGAAAUCUUUUUAAAUUUCAAAACAAUACCUAUAAGUAUAAUGGCUGUUAAUAAUACAUUGUUCCUUAUCAAUGAAUUUUUAAUGUUCUUAUAUUAAAUAUAAAAUGCGUUGAAAAUUUGAGAAAUUAUAAAACAAAUAAUUCGUUAUCCGUCUUUUAUUUCUUAUAUAAUUUGUAUUGUAAUAGAUAAUAUGAAUAAACUGCAAAGUAUUUUCACUCCAAAAUUUUGGGUUCUUCUUUCUCGAUUCAAAGAAAUACCUACAUCUUCUUCAAUUUCGACUAUUAUAAAAG